CAAGGCCGCGCCGCGGGCGCCUACCUAGCCCUCGGCCCUUCGUUCCGCGCGCUGGGCGGUUUUCCCCGGUGCCUGUUUUCGCUAUUUGCCGGGGCCCCCCCAGUUGGUUCCCUGCCUGUGUUCUUUCCUGAACCAGCGCGCACGGUGCGGCGCGCUUUGGCAGGUGUGUUGUCAGCCUUGCC